AUGAGUAAUCGUGCGUACGUUGUUUUGUUUGUGGCGCCCCGUAUCAGCCAAUCAAAUGCACAUAGCCAUCAUCACCGCCACAGUGAGGUGCAUGUGCAGUGUGCAGCGCUCCCACGACUGUGGGAACACAGUGCGGCCGCUUGCGCUGCACGCUGCGCACGUACGUGCAUCCACCCGCAUGUCUGCACGCACGUGCGCACCUACGACGACGUUGUCAAGUCGUUAUUAAUUAGUGCAGAGUGCGCAUCUGGCUUUGUUCCCACGCUGCAGGAUGACUCAUGCACGCCUUUCAUGGAGGGCCUGAUGCGCCAUCGCGUGCGCCAUGGGCAGGGCGGUGAUGCAAACGGGCGAUGGGCACCGGGCCAGCCGCCCUCCGACAGUCUUGAGUGA